AUGAAUACUAUUAAAUUAUUUAUUUCAUUAUUUUUAAUAAUUAAUGUUGUCUUAUCAGAUUCCUUAUCUUCAUCUUCUGCCGGAAUUAAUUUAUUUCCAUAUGACUUCAUUGUAGUUGGCUCAGGUGUUAGUGGUUCCAUUGUGGCUUACAGAUUAGCUCAAAAAGGUUACUCUGUUAUUAUUAUUGAAGGAGGUGGUAAAUCAAUUGCCUCUUUGGGUGGUAUUGAUUAUAUUGGAACCAAAGGUACUUUAAAUUCUGAUAAUGUUUAUACUCCACAGAGACCAUUAACAAAAUAUGAUGUACCAUUUUUUUUUCAAUCAGCAGAUAUUAAUGGAAAUAGAUGGGAUAUUCCAAAUACAAAUGUUGCAAAAAUGGUUGGUGGAUCAGGUCUUCAUAAUGCUAUGGUAUACCAAAGAGGAAUUGAUUCAGAUUAUGACUGGAAUAUUAGUAAUUGGAAUUUUGUAGAUUUAAAACCUUAUUUUUUAAAAGUUGAAACCAUAUUAGAUUCAAACCUCCAAAGUUCAACUGAACAUGGCCAUAAUGGAUUUAUAAAGGUAAAGAGUAUACCAUUUGAUAAGGAAGGUAGUGAUUUUGUUAAAUCAUGUAAUGAAAGUGGAUUAAAUUUUAAUGAUGAUUUCCAAGUUAAUCCACGUUCUGGUUGUGGUUAUUUCCAAUUGAAUAUCGAUGGUAAAGGUGAACGUUCAUCAACUGCACAUGAAUACCUUGCUAAGGCCGUUGCAAUGUCAAGGGUUAAAUUAAUUGAUUCUGCAACAGUUACACGUAUUAAAUGGACUUUUAAUAUAUUCAGUGGUAAAAAUGAAGCAACUGGUAUUGAAUAUGUAUCUGAUGAUGCACCAAAUACAAUUAAAACAUUAUAUUGUUCAAAAGAGGUUGUACUUGCAGCUGGUGCAUUAAAUACACCAAAGAUUUUAUUCAAUAGUGGUGUUGGUGAUUCCAAUGUUUUAACACAAACUCAAUAUUCAAAUUACAUUCAACCCAUUAAACAUUUACCAGGUGUUGGUCAAAAUCUUCAAAAUCAUUUCAUUGUAUUCAAUGUUUGGAGUUAUGCUGAUAGUGCAUCACGUCCAGAUUUUUACACAAACUAUAAUGUAAACUUACAAUAUCAAACCCAAGGAACUGGUAUUUUAUCAACACCAGGUUUUAGUGUUGGUGCUUGGUUAAAACCAAAUUCAUCAUCACCAUCAAGCCCUGCUGAUACAAUUAUGACCAUUUUCCCAGGUGCACUUGGUAGUACAUUACCUGGUAUGAUGACAUUUGCCGUAAGUUUAUGUGAACCAACACCAAAUCCAAUCAAUAAAGUUACAUUGCCAUCAAAUGUAACUGGUUUAUCAGCUAUUCAAUUCUAUAAGAAAGGUGUAAAUGUUUCAUUCAAUCCAGGUGCUGUCGAUGUUGAUGUUGCAAAAUUAGUAUCAUCCAUUAAAGAGAGUCGUAGAAUUAUGUCUUAUCCACCAAUGUCUCAAUUAUCAAUUCCAGUUUUACCUGAUGCUUCAAUUAGUACUGAUGCUCAAUUGGAAUCAUUUGUUAGAAAUAAUAUCGUACCUCAUGAUCAUUGGAGUGGUACUGCUAAAAUGGGCACAUCAUCAGAUCCACUUGCUGUGGUUGAUAACAAAUUAAAGGUAUUUGGUGUUAAUCGUGUUCGUAUUGUUGACGCUUCUAUCUUACCUCGAAUUCCACAUGGUUUACUUCAAGCAACUGUUAUGGCUGUUGCUGAAAAGUGUGCUGAUACAAUUUUAGCUGAUUAUCUUUAG